AUGGAUUCUAUAAAACUCGCUUCUGGCGAUAAUAAAAUUUCUAUAUCUCCAAGGCUUGAAGAUACGAAACUAGAUGAAAAAGAAGAGCAAACUCUUGUAAGCGAAGAACAACAAACAGAAAAGCGAGAUGAUAAAGAGGGACAAAGUGAGGUUACAACACAGAUGAUCGACGACAAUGAAGCUAAAAUGAAGGAAAGAAUAGCUCAGUGCAAAAAUAUAAUCGAGGCAUUAAAGAUUGAACUUAAUGAAGAGAAAGCGAAACUAGAAAAGCAAAGCAAAAAUUCUCAACGUGUUUUAGAGCCUACCACGAAAUGUACAACCAGCUAUCAGUGUCUGUCCGCAUCUAAUGUGUUUACAGCAGAUUUACCGUAUAGUACCAACUUAUACAGCGACUGUGUGGAUAGUAAAUUGAACUGUGACGAAAAUUUAAUGGAAUAUGAAAAACAAUUACAAAAAUAUCAGAAUACACUUAAUUUAGCGCAAAUUGAAAAGAAAAAUGCGAUUAGGAAGCAAAUGUUGGCCAAAGCUUAUCGUCUCAAGCUUUUAGAAGUAGAAAAUCAAUGUAACAUUGAACUCUUGAGGGUUAAGCAAAGUUUACAGUGCUUAGAACCCUUGCAAAUCAUUGCAAGUAAGUGGAAAACAAAUUCUGAUGAAAUGUAUGAUGUCAAUAAUUUUGAGUUAAUACCUAGAUAUCCAGAGCUUAACGCUAAUUCCAGCAGUGACAUCACCACCUUCGAAAUGGAUCUGAAAACUGUUACUGAAGCUGAAAAUAUCGCUAAAGAAGAUUCUGUAUAUUCGGAUUAA